ACUCCUGUUGGAUGACCCAACAGUAGACUCUGGUGAGCGUCUCCAAGCAACAAGGCCUCCCUCUGGAGCCCCAGCCUCCCCACAGGAUUCCACUUGCUGCUCUCCCUAUAUGAGCAGGCCCUGAAAACCAUGAGCCCAUCCUUCCAGACUGCCACUCUCAAAGCCAUCUACCCAGGCCCCAUCUGACACUCUUGACAUCUGCAGGUCCCAGACUCUAUGAUGCGUCCCCUCCAGAGGCUCCUCAUCCUCCUCGGGUUGCUGGCCUUGCCCUUGGCCCUGAACAAGCAGCCUUGGUCCGGCCUGGCCCAGGCCCACACAGAGAGCAAAUCCACCCUGGCAAGAAUUAUUGCCCAAGGCCUCAUAAAGCACAACGCAGAGAGCCGAAUCCAGAACAUCCACCUUGGGGGCAGACUGAAUGCCUCGGCACAAGUAGCCCCAGGGAUGGUGGGCUGGCUAAUCCACGGCACAAAACUCCAGCAGCAGCAAGAGAGCAGCAUCAACAUCACCAACAUUCGGCUGGACUAUGAUGGGAUCCAGAUGUCUUUCCAUAAGGAGUGGUUCUUGGCAAACAUCUCAUUUGAACUUGACCUUGAACUGAGACUGCCCUUUGAUAACAACAUCAUAAAGGCGUAUGCACACGUGAGCAUCGUUGUGGAGUUCUGGCUGGAGAAAGACGAGUUUGGCCGGAGGGAUCUCAUGAUAGGCAAAUGCCAUGCAGAGCCCAGCAGUGUCCACAUGACUAUCCUCACCGAGCAGGUACCAUGCCUGAUGCUGGGAUACAAUGGUGAACAAGACACAACCUGCAGCUUUAAUAGAACUGCAUAGACUGGCUGACCCAGUCCUUCAAUUUUGACUGACUACAACUUCCUUGAAGGCAAGAUUUGUGCCUGAUUCAACUCUGUAAUUCCAGAAUGUCAGAAGCAAUGAAGACCUCAGUGGAUGUCUAUUCAUUUGUUCAUCAGAUAUUCACUGAGUACCUAGAUUGUACCAGACGCUCAUGGGGGAAAAUUGUAGGGGAAAGACUGUGGAACCUGGUGCUCUAUUGCCAUGGUUCUAGUAUAACCAGCACUUAUUAGCUGUGUGACCUUGGGCAAGGUCCAAGCUACCCCUUUGCGUAUCACUGACAAUGAUACUUCUGGCAUAGGACUGAGUGACGAUUAAAAGACUGUGGAAGGUGUGCUGAAUAUAUCCUUCCUGGCCUUCAUAUUGCCUGC